CAUAAGCUUCCAGAGUGGACUGCAGACUGACUGAGAAACAGCAAGUCUCUUUUUCUCCUUAAAAAUUUAAACAAAUAUGGGAAAUCGGUCGUCUAAACCAACAAUAAGCCCAGAAUUGGAAAAACCAUGGAGGGAAUCUGAAUGGGGACAGAAGGAAGCGCUGAAAAAAAGUCUAGAAGAGUUCUCUGUGAGUCAUCCAGAUAUAAAGCACAUCAGGAUCCUGGUAGCUGGACAAAUCGGAGCAGGGAAGUCCAGUUUUAUUAAUUCUGUCAACAGUACCUUCCAAGGACGGAUCACAAAUGGAGCAGUAGUUAAUGCAAAUAGUGUCUCCAGCCACAGUUUCACAAACAGAAUUACAACACACAGAGUCAGAGGUGCAGAUGGUGAUUUGCCUUUUGUCUUGACUGAUACAAUGGGUUUAAAAACUGAAGCAAUGGAGGGGUCUCAGCCAGAAGAUGUCAUCAAAGCCAUAUAUGGACAUGUGAAAGAAAACUACAAAUUCAACCCAGAGGAGCCAAUCGAUCACAAGAGUGAAGAUUACAUUAGGGACCCUUUACUGUCUGACCAGGCUUUCUGCAUGGUUUAUGUUGUGGACUCAAAAACAAUCAAUUUUACAGAUGCCCGACUUAUUGACAAACUGAGGAUAAUCCGCCACAGAAUCAGAGAUACAAGGAUUCCUCAAGUGAUCGUCUUGACUAAAGUGGAUGAAGCAUGUCCACUGGUGAAAAAUGACCUAAAGAAGGUAUACACCAGCAUAACGAUCAAAAGGAAGAUACAAGUGUGCAGUGAGAUGAUUGGAGUGCCAUUGAACUGCAUCUUUCCAGUGAAGAACUACCAAGAUGAAAUCAAAAUAAAUAAUGAUGUUGAUGUUCUCAUUUUAACAGCAUUUGAACAAAUUGUAAAACUUGCUAAUGACAGACUGAGAGAAGUUGCUUCCAACUGAUAUGAACUUUAUGCAUACUGCAUAACAAAAUUAACAAAAUUCCCUGCUACUAAUUUGCCAUAUGCACAAACAAGUUUAAUAAUAAGUUUGGUAGCUUCAUUGCAGACUAUUACAGUUUGUAUAUUUAGAUGUUCUCAAAGACCACUUUUUUGUCAAAGUAUUUAUUUAUUUAUUUGUUUGAAAUGUUGAUUUGAAGUGUCAGUUUUUGCAUAAAU